AUGACGGAAGCAGAGAGCACGAAGCUGUCUACGACACCAAUGGCAGGAUUAGCCUCAGCCCCAGCUUCGGGCACAGACACAAACGCAGACGAAACAAUGCGCUUUGCCAUCGCCCGCUUUCGUAGCAGAAUGGCCGCCGCAAACCAAAAGUUUCUCCAAGACCGCAUCAAUGAGAUCGAGGCGAGAGGUUUAGCAUCCGAAGAAGAGAAGCGCCACUAUUUGCGCCAGUACAAAUAUAUGGACGAUCUCGUGUGGGACGAAGAAGGCCCCGAAAGGCGCAGCAGCAGUACGAUCCGGAUCCCACAGCAGACGUCACUCAGUGACCUCGAUAUUCCUGCUAUUCUCAACGCCCUGCCAUCCUAUGCUGGACCGGCUGACGGCGUCAUCCCGCCUCUGUUGCGCACAGAGCAGUGGCGGCAGAUGUACCUCGACACAGUUCAGCGUGUGUGCCAGCAACAGGCAGACGCGAUCAUCGAAAACGAAGAGGAGAGUGAUGACGGGUGCUGGUGCCACAAAGACCACGAGCCGAUGACUAUCCCGCGGUGUGAUGAGCUUGCCCUAUUCUUAAAGUAUGCGCAGGGGGUGGUGGACAUUGACUUCCGGCACUUGGGCAUUGCGCCGUUCGAACCGGCUUCAUCGUUCGGGGUACGGGACAAGGAACUGGACGGACUUGACGAGGGACAGAGACGCGACAAGCUUGCGGAUCUGGACCUACUCAAGCGCGAGCAAGAGAGCUUGCAGCAGGAGUUAGAAAGCGAAGAGUCGAAUAGGGCGAUGGGGCCAUUUAUCCACGAUGACCUGGAGGUGAAAGCUGGCUUUCUCACUGGCACUGGAUAUGAUCAGUUGUCUGAAUGCGAAUCGUGGCGAAGUGCGUAUGUGUACUGCCGGCUGUGGACGAAUGACAAGGACGAUGGCAAGCACAAGGAUGGAGACGUUCAAGAUGCUGCCAACAUCCGGGACUGGGGGUGGCGGGUAGUUGUUUUCCAGGACGAGGCUUUCGACUCUAGCGUUUUGUACGGCCGGAAGGCGCGCUUUGAUUCUAUUCCAGAAUUCUUAGAUUGGUACGCCAGCUGGCUGGACCGUCUAGAUGCACGGGGGUUGCUCUCUCUGCGGCGCCACGCUUUAGGCUGUGAGACGGACUGCGAGUCAGAAUGUGAGGAUCAUUGA